CUUAGCAAAUUUCGUUGAAGCAAGAAAGACUAUUAUUGAUGCAUUAUCAGAACAGAAACGUUUUUACAAAUUGUUGGUAACUUUACAAAACACCAGGCUCAUUCCUCUAAUAAAUCAUUUGGAGACUGCGACCUUUUUUGCUCCUGAUAAUAAUGCAUUUAAAGGCCUUGAUAUUAAGGAUAUCACCAGGGAUCAAAUGCUUUAUCAUCUUUUGUAUAGAGAGAUCAAGAAAGAAGAAUUUAAAAAUGAAGAAUUGUUAGUAACUCAUCUGGAUUUGGGAGAAAAACUGGGCAAUGAGAACAUUGGUCAAAGGCUUAAUAUCGAGAUAGAUGAACAAAAUACAUACUUUAUUGGAAACGCGAAAAUCACAGACUUUGAUUUGCAAUCAGAUAAUGGUAUUAUUCAUGUUGUAUCUAAGGUAUUAAUCCCACCAAAAGAUAUAUUUACAACAUUAUCUCUGAUUGCUGAAACAAAUCUAUUUACCAAUUAUCUUAAAAUGAAAGGAUUAGACAGAGUUCUUAAAGAUAAAAAUCACACAACAGUGUUUGUACCUACAAAUGAUGCUAUAAAUCAUCAACUUAAAUAUUUUCAGAAAAAUUAUUUAACAUCAGAAUGUGGUGGAGGACUUGAUGAUUUGGAUCUUAUGGUGAAGUAUUUAUUAAGUUAUAGUAAAGUUUUAUAUACUGAAAAUAUUCAAGAUGGUGAAUCAGAAGUUGAUACAGUUCAAGGUGAAAAAUUAAAGAUAUCACGUAAUCAAAAUGAUAUUUAUGUUGAUAAUGGUUUAAUUUUACGUAAAAAUUUGUUGGCAGAAAAUGGUGUAAUACAUGUUCUUAAUAAUUUAUCAUUACCAAAUGCAUUAUAUUUUACAAAGCAUAAAUAUCUUUGUGGUUUAAAUGCAUCAAAAUUUGCAGAUUCAAUAGUUGAAAACCAUUUGGAGAAAUAUAUUGAUGAACCAACAACACAACUCUUUACAAUUUUAGCACCAGGGAAUGAUUACUUGGCAAGACCUUCUUCAUCUAUCAUCAAAUUUAAUAAUGCAGUUGUGAUUGAUAAACAUGAACCAGUGGAAAUUGAUAAUGCAAUAAUUUAUAUGAUUUCAGAAGUUGAAAAAUUACCAGUUGACAUUAUGAAAACUAUAAUACAAAACAAACAACUAUCAGCAUUUGUCUUGUCAAUGUCAGCAAGUGAAAAGUUAAAUUCUAUUUUAGAUGCUAAAGGAAUCACUGUGUUUGCACCUAUAAAUAGUGGUUUUACAAAAUUAGGCUUGAUAAAUCAUUAUUUGUUAACUACAAAAGGACAAGCUGAUUUGGAUUUGGUGGUUGGAUAUCAUGUUCUUGAUAAAAUUUUGUAUUUGGAAGAUAUACCUGAAGGUGAAUCAAUACAUCACACAAUUGAGGGUAAUGAACUUAAAAUUAUAAAGCAGGGAACUGAUGUAUACAUUAAAGAUGGCCACAGUGCUACUACUUCUGUUUCAGUUAUUACCAGUGGCAACAAUUUAAUUUCAAAUGGUGUCAUGCAUGUAAUUGAUAAUGUAUUGUUACCACCAUCAUUAAUUGUCACAGUAAAAAAGUUGCUUAUAGGAGCUGAUGUAGAUAUUAUGCUGGAACUGAUAAAAGUGGCAAAUCUCACAGAGCUUAUAUUAGACUCAAAUGAGACAUACACUAUUUUGUCACCAACAGAUAAAGCAUUUAUUGAAAUGAAUUUUACAAAAUUGCUUGAUGACGCUGAAAGAGUAGCACGUUUAUUGCUACUGCAUAUUAUUCCUGGGGAAAUUGAGAAUCUUCGAGAGGGUAAAGAACUUCAAACAUUACUAUCCAAUGAUGCUAAACUUGUGGUUAGAAAAGAUAUUUUCAAUGGUGGUUAUAUGUUGGAGGUGAAAGGACACUGGAGUUUUAUGGAUAAGGCAGGUAUACUAAAUAGUGGUAAAGCUAGUAAUAAUGGGACAGUUUAUUUGAUUGAUAAGGUUCUAUUGCCUGAACAUGUAUCAGAAGAACCCAUUGGUAAAACAUUUCUUGGAUUUGUUAUUGGAUUAUUAUUGUUUAGUUUUGUUAGUAGUUCUGGUGUGUAUGGGUGGGCAUGGAUACUACAUUGGAGAAAUCUUGGGCAUGAACUUAAUCCUUUGUUAUGGUGGAAACGUUGGAGAGAUGGAUAUACGCCAAUUCCUUGA